AUGUCCAAAUGGUCAUGGGGCUCGACUGGCAAUGAAGUGGUAGCCGAAUAUGCCGACAGGAUCAAGGGACGCGUGUGUAAGUUGAACUCUCAAACUUUGCCAUACCUGCAACAUUACUCCCUGACCCCAAGUCCAGUCUUAAUCACCGGUCCAAGCGAGGGGGGAAUCGGCGCCGAAACAGCUCUUUGUCUAGCCUCUCAAUCCCCGGCGACUCUCAUCCUGGCCGGCCGAGACCGGGCCAAAAUCCAGCCUGUCAUCGACAAGAUCGCACAGUUGAGCCCGGAAACCAAUUCGAUAUUCAUCGAGCUCGACCUAAGUAGCCAGGCUUCGAUACGAUUGGCCGUAGAGAAAAUCAACGCACACGUCGACCACAUCGACGUGUUCGUCAACAAUGCUGCGAUAAUGGCUUGCCCGUACUCCAGAACCGAUGAUGAUCUGGAGGUACAAUUUGGUAUAAACUUCAUCGGUCCAUUUCUGUUAACCGGUUUAUUGCUCCCCAAAAUUCGCGCCGCGGGACCGGGAGCUCGCAUUGUGAAUGUCAGCAGCUCAGCGCAUCGCUUCGAGGGUAUCAGAUUCGACGACCUCGACUUCGAGGGUGGAUCGUGCUAUGAUACCUGGAAAGCAUAUGGCCAAUCGAAGACUGCGUUGAUUUUGAUGGCUGUUCAGAUCGCCAACAAAAUCCCCCGCAAGGAAAUCUCGGCGUUCUCGGUGCACCCUGGAAGCAUUGCAUCAAACCUGCAACGUCAUGUAGAUUCCGAGUCGAUCACAGACGCCAGGGUCAAAUCGCAGAAUAUUCGCGAUUACGAGGUCACCGACAGGAAAACUCUUCAGCAAGGCUGUUCUACUACUUUAGUGGCGGCUUUGGAUCCCAGCCUGACAGGCAAGUUUCCUUGCUUAUCUGAAUGCUCGUGCUGCUAA